CCAACUAACCAUCAUGGAUCGUACCGCAGUCCAACACAAUCUUCUAAAUCAGGGUCUCACCAUCAUCCAGAAGAUCACUGUUAUCCUUCUCAUGUAGAAUCAAACCACCAUAAUCAUUCGCCUUCACCACCACAUCACCACCAUGGAAUUCAUCACACCUCAUCUUCCCACCAUCAUUCCACACAUUCAGAAACUUCCCACCAUCAUUCCCAUCCAAAAUCUCAUCACUAUGACUCGCCUCUUUCUCCUCCUCCUCUCCACCAUCACAGAGAAAACCAUGGUUCACCAUCGCCAUGAUCUUUCCCAUCCUACUCAUUCCCCCAACCCUGAUCAACACCAUCACACUAUAGUUUCAGAACCAGAACACCAUAAUUUCCAUGAAAAUUCCCACUCUGAAACUCAGCAAUACUCUCAUUCACGUGAUACAUCCCCUACUCCUGAACACCAUUAUUAUUCUUCCCAUACUGAUACUCACCAUAAUCCUCCUCAUUAUCAUUUGUCUGGCACUCAGCCAAAAAUCCCUGUACACUCUAAUUCACCCCAUCUUAAUGAAAAUCAUUUCAACUUACAUUCAGAGUCCACAAAUCACGGUACAUCACAUUAUAAAGCACACCUUUCCAAUUUGGACUUCCACCAUCAAAGUGAUCGUAAUUCUCCGGAACCUCACCCUCACCAUUUCCACUCAGUAAGUCAUGAUAACCCCCCUGUUGAAUCAGAUCAUUACCAUCACCACAAAUCUCAGGAAUCCCACCAUUAUUCCCAUUCAAAUGCCCAUCACCAGUCCAGUCCAGAGACCAACCAUUCUCCACAUCAUGGGAUUUCAAAAUCUCAUCAUCAUUCCCAUCCAGAUUCCCACCAUCAUCAUUCCAAAGAUCACCAUCAUCACCAUGACCAUCCGGACUCACAGAUUCAGCAUUCCCAUACAGGACACCACCUCUAUCAUUCAGAAUCAAACCACUAUCAUUCCCACUUCAAAGAGGAUCAUCACAAUGAUGAUAACCCAAGCCAUCUUCGCCACUCUCCAGUGGGCCAGCGGUCUACUUCUCCACUUUCUAACAAGUCAGAUUCAUCUGCAAGCUCCAUUAUCCAGUACGAUCAAUCCACAGGGAGCUACCAAGAGUCAUCCUCCUUCCCAAAGGAAAAGGAUUCAUUGGAGAGGUUAAUGUUGUUACAGGAGCAGAAUGAGGCUCUCCACCACAGCUUGCUGCAGACCACAACACAAAUUAAAUGCAUGGGAGCUGAGUUCAAAACCGGACACCAGCUCCUUGAAUCUGAGUUACAAAGAACUCGCACUGAGCUUAGCAGCUUAAUGGAGCAAUUCACAAGGCUUCAGGACAACUACUCCUGCACACAACAGACCAGCCACCUUCUGGAGAAAAAACUGCAUUGUGUGUCUCAAAGUAUGGAUGGAGAGCGAGAGCGACUGAACGAGCGAAUCUCAGAGCUCACAGAACAUCUGUCUGCAGCCAAGACCACCAUCCAGACUCUAGAGACCAUUAAUGUCACAUCAAUGCUACAGGAUGCCCUGGAGAAACAUCUGAAGUCUGAUGAUCCCAUAACACACCCACUUCCAGCCGCAGCUCCUCCAGCUCCCUUCAUGAGCAGUGACCUUUAUGAGAAAGUGUCCGAUGACCAGUCGCUGGGAACCCUCCCGGAGGAGGAGGAAUCCGACUGGUCAGAAAUGGGGGAGGAGGCACGACACUUCAGUCAUGCAGAUGCAGUGUAUUUCCAGUGGCAGCAGAGGCAAGGCGGCUGGGGAAUGGUGGACACGGAGAGCGAGUCCGGGGGUGAGGAAAGCAAAACUCAUCAAGCUGGUCACGGCCUACAGAUACCGCAUCUCAAGUUCACCGUCCACCCCGAAACCCUGCCGGUUCCCAUUGAGGAUGCCAGCCUGGCCCGAUUCAAGCCGAGUCCCGAAGGUUACCGGAUCACAGAGGUGCGUGACCUGGGCUCCUCCAUCCGCAUGCUCUCCGUCAGCCUGGAGGACAUCCACUCCACCGGACAUCUGAAGCAGCAGCAGGAUCAUCUCGUCCAGCUGAGGAGCAAUACAUCCAUGAUGGACCUGCACCUGUCACAGUCUGACUCGUAUGCAGACCAGAUCACGUGUGACUGGAGAGGAGCGGGCAGAGAGGACAGAAGCGGGAUGCUUGGGCUGGAGUCUGCUCAGAAAAUGCUCAACCACUUUAUUCAUGAAGGGGAGAGCACACACCUGUGAUUAACACCUGAGACGUGCUAGAACUGGAAAUGUGCAUUAUAUAUUGAUUAAUAGGCCAAAUGCCUAUUUAGGCAUAGUUUUACUCUACUCUCUCUCUCUAUAAAAGUAUUAUAUUUAAUGUAGCAAUUUACUCCUGGUUGAUGUUUGUUAGGAAAACUUAGAUUUGAAAAAGAAUUAUUAGCAAUGGGAUAUGUCAAAAUAAAGUCAGUAAAAUGGAGAGUCAGUGCUAAGUCGGUUGUGUUUAGUUUGGGAUCACAGUGACAGAUAUAUGUCUCCCAGGACACAAGAUGAUCUCACAGUGUUUUCCGAUUCUAUAUGUAGCUUUUGGGUUUGGUAUAAAGACAAAACACUGCUAUUUUCCUUAAAUAAUGUACAAAAGCUACAAAAACCUGCUCAUUAGAUAUUUAUUUAAUACACAUUUUUAAUCUAAUGCUUUAGGGCCACAUCCUUAUGUGUUUUUAAUUCUUCUAAUACUCUUACUUCUACAUUUUACUCUUUACAAUAUUUCUUUAUUACCUUUACCUGUGUAUGAGAACCAUGGCAGCACCAAGAAGAAUAAAUAUGUAAAACCUCCGUUGAAGUAUAACUAUACAACGUCAAGUUAAAGGAGAGAAUCAGGAGUGAAAAACAUAGUAGAGUCACUGUAAGACUAUUCAUGUGUAGUUCUUUUUCUUCAUUUAUUUUGGUGAAAGAUUAAGUGAAAGAUAAUAGGAAAAACAUUACCAAUGUGAUAUGUAGUUGAUCCCAUGUUUUCUCCCUAGAAAAAUGCGAAUGCACAUUUAAAAUGUAAUAACCGGAUGUUAUAUUUCAUGCUAAUCUGUAGUUAUAUGAAUGACAAUAUAAUAGAAGAUUAAAUAAAAAGUACAUUGCAUUGUUUUGACAAACUCCAGGUGUUGCAGGAUGUUAUUUUGAUUUUUAAUUAUUAUUAGCCUAUCGUUCUUUAUUCUUUUUUUUUUUUUAAGUAGUAGUGGUAUGUCAGCUUGUAAAACUGAUUUUCCUUGCUGUUGAUGUUUGUAUAAAUGUCUGUAAUUAUUUGCAUGUUAAUAUAAAUAAAAGUACAAUAAACAUGAA